AAGAGUGGGCGUUUAUUUUACAUAAAGAAUUAGGUUUUUAUAUCGAUCUAUCGAUCAAUUGCGAAGACAUUAUAAUUUGGGGUAUAAAAAUGGAUAGUAUAAUGAAGAAGGUUCGGAAUUUGGAUGCUUAUCCAAAAAUCAAUGAAGAUUUCUAUAAGCGCACCCUGAGUGGUGGCCUUAUUACCAUUGCCUCCUCCAUUGUCAUGGUCUUGCUCUUUCUCUCCGAGCUCCGAUUAUAUCUACAUGCAGCUACUCAAUCAAAGCUUGUGGUGGAUACUUCAAGAGGAGAAACCCUGCGUAUCAAUGUACGUCAUUUUGAUGUGACCUUCCCUGCCUUUCCUUGUUUCAUACUUAGUCUUGAUGCCAUGGACAUAAGUGGAGAGCAACAUUUGGAUAUAAAACAUGAUGUAAUCAAAAAGAGGCUAGAUUCCCGUGGUAAUGUAAUAGAAAUAACAAAACAAGAUGGAAUUGGUGCAUCAAAGAUUGACAAGCCAUUGCAGAAACAUGGUGGCAGUCAUAAUAAUAGUAAUGAGACAUAUUGUGGAUCUUGUUAUGGUGCAAAAGCAACAUCAAAUAAUGUUAAUGAUGAAAAUUGUUGUAAUACUUGUGAACAAGUCCGGGAAGCGUAUAGGAAGAAAGGUUGGGCAUUGUCAAAUCCUGAUAUGAUUGAUCAGUGCAAAAGAGAAGGUUUCUUACAAAAAAUCAAAGAUGAAGAAGGUGAGGGUUGUAAUGUAUAUGGAUUCUUAGAAGUUAAUAAGGUUGCUGGAAAUUUUCAUUUUGCACCUGGGAAAAGUUUUCAACAAUCAAACAUUCAUGUGCAUGAUCUUCUCUCAUUUCAGAAAGAUAGUUUUAAUAUAAGUCACAAAAUCAAUAGAUUGAGUUUUGGGGAAUAUUUUCCUGGUGUGGUGAAUCCUCUUGAUGGUGUGGAAUGGACACAUGAAUUUAUAACACCUAGUCCUAAUGGGAUGUAUCAGUAUUUUAUCAAGGUGGUACCUACUGUUUAUACACAUGUGUCUGGACAAGUUAUUCAAUCUAAUCAGUUUUCAGUAACUGAGCAUAUUAGGACUUCAGAAUAUGGCAACAUUCAGUUUCUUCCUGGUGUAUUUUUCUUUUAUGAUCUUUCUCCAAUUAAGGUAACUUUUGCUGAGGAGUAUAUAUCAUUCUUACACUUCCUCACUAAUGUUUGUGCUAUAGUUGGAGGUGUUUUCACUGUUUCGGGUAUUCUAGAUUCUUUUAUAUACCAUGGACAUAAAGUGAUCAAGAAGAUGGAAAUAGGUAAAUUUAGUUAAAAAGAAGGCACACAACAUUACUAUUGCUGAGUUAAUUGGUUGAUUUUUAGUUUUGCCAAAUUUUAGUGGCUUUCUUGGUAUCUUUUGAUCCUUAACUAAAAUUUUGUCAUGAAUGAUGUUUGUAUUCUUGAUUUUGAUACAGACUUAAACGUACUUAAACUAUUAUGUUUGCAUAACUACUAACGUGAACACUUGUAUGAAUGUGCUAGUUAAAGAAUUUUUUUUUUUCUC